AUGGAGGGUGAGUACCGGAAGUACAAUUGUAACUCUGAUUUUGUCGAUGAACAACUGCGUAACUCGCCUCAGGCUUUUAAUCAAUUCACAUUUGAACGUUCAGGACAUCGAUUGCUCGUGGUAGAUCUUCAAGGUUUGGGUGAUCUUUACACGGAUCCCCAGAUCCACACCGCAGAAGGAGUGGGCUAUAGCAACGGGACUUUUAGUCCGCGUGGGAUGGCUUUCUUCCUUCACAGUCAUCACUGUAAUCCGUUGUGCGAGUGGUUGGGUCCCACUGCUUUCAAUCUUGCACCAAGCGAGUUGGGUACAAAUACUCCGUUGUAUCCCCAACCCAGUGUUCACACUCAGACCAACGAAGAUGGCGAGGAGCCCUCAGUCUCUAAAGCCAGUAUUUCGCCGAAGGAUGAGAAUUCAAAGUUGAAGAAAAUUCAUGUGGAUGGAAGUUCGAGCGAGGUCGUGAAAACCAGUACCAAAUCCUGUGAGUCAUCCUCGAGGUCCCUGUGCAAGGCGUCGUGCUGUCAGUUUCUGCCAGUCUCAUGUGCACCUUCCCAAUCACGGAAUUCGCUUUGGACCAACCAUAAAAAGAAGUGCAGAAAACAUGAACCUUUUGGACGCAAUAGAGAGAGCCUAUCGUUUUCCUCGGAUGAUCAUCCGUCCUCGAGAGCCGGAUUUAUUCUGUUUAACGGAUCGUCGCCGUCCAAUCUCGUGGAUUCAGAUGGUGACGAAACUGCAUCUAUUGGACCGUACACCAAGCUAAAACCGUAUACCAUGGCACCAAUGCUACUAGAUCCGAAUUUCUCAGAGUCGUCAGAUUCGGCUCGACGAUACUUCUCAUUCACACCGCCUCUGGCAACCUGUUCAGGUCAGACACAAUUCCCACGUCCGGUUCUCGCUCUCGACCCGUUUCCUGUCCAUAUUCCACGUCGUUCAAGGGACCAAGCCACAUCCGGGGACUUGGGGUACUCGUGCCGUAUAAAUUUACUCUCCUGUUCAACCACAACUGGUGCUACUUCUGGUGUUGCUGCCUCGACGGCGACUGGGAUUCUCGCGCUUUCGGACAUGGCUAACUCACCGUCAGUCACACCUGCGGCAAUUCCAAUAUCUCCACCGAGACUAACACUACCUUUUGACUUUUCGACCGCUUCCACUCUGGUUCAUUCGGGUCUUGCAGGGGGCUCAGUUUCAUUGCUCGUGGAUCACUAUACACCCGAAUCCCCCAUCGGACCACCCGCUAUGUUCCAGCAUCAGUUCAGCAUGCCUACCAGCAGCUAUUCGAUGCUCAACACCAGAUGGGAUGAAAUGACUAAUAACUGGGCUAGUGUGGGUCACUGGAACCACGGUUGGCCUCUUGCCUCAGGCGUACGAGUCGCCCCGGUAGUGCCACGACUUAGGCUUAAUCUGAGCGAAUCGAGUGAUUUGGAUUUUGACGAGGAUUAUCGUGUGACCGGAAAAUCCGCUGCAUCAGCUCAUGCAUGA